GCAUCUGAACAUACACAAAAAAUGAGAAGGAGAUCUGGAACUUUCUAAGUCGUCUAUUUGCUUAGGAUUCAUUUUGUACUGAUUCAACUCUAAGGAAAGUCAAAUGUGAAUUUGCUCAAAUACAAGGGUUGAGAAUCACAACGCCAUGAUGACCUUCGCUGUCACGACCCCGAACGUCUCAAACGCGUGUAACGCCAGCGAACAGAUGGACGACGAGAUGCUCCGGACCCCGCUGGCCGUGCUCUACUCCAUCAUCUUCAUCCUGGGUCUCACCGGGAAUCUGGUGGCUCUCUGGGUUUUCUUCUUCGUUCACUCCAAGAAGAACUCCUUACGGAUCUUCCUCAUGAACCUGGCGCUUGCGGACCUGCUGCUGGUUGUCUGUUUGCCGUUCAGGAUCCAGUACCACCUCCACCAGAACGUGUGGGAGCUAGGGCACCCAAUGUGCAAGCUAGUGGGAUUCCUCUUCUACAUGAACAUGUAUGUCAGCAUCACCCUGCUGGGGCUGAUCAGCAUCGACCGCUAUCUAAAGAUCUACGGCGGCGCACGUACUCGGCGUAAGCUGCGCUCCCCAAAGUGGAGCAUCGUUGUCUGCGCCGUCAUUUGGGCGGUGGCCCUGGCGCUCAUGAUCCCAUUUGUCCUUAAAAGCAAUGACAAAACUGUCGAUCAGAAAAAGUGUUUCCAAUACAAGACAAUUCCGCAGGAAGACAUGAGGAAAGCACACAUCAACAUCUUUAUGCUGGUCGUCUUCUGGUUGGUCUUCGCCUCUCUGGUGUUGUCCUAUGGAAAGAUCGCCCUGAAACUCCUGCGGAGGUCGCAGCAGAGACCGGACCUGCCCACAGCCUCCCACUACGGUCGAGUCGCCCGCAAGUCCUUCUUUGUCCUGUUUUUGUUUGUCGUCUGCUUCGUCCCCUACCACAUCUUCCGGGGCUUCUACAUAAAAACCCAGAUCACCAACGAGACCGUGGAGAUGCGCAACUUGGCCGACAAGUUCAACGAGAUUUCGCUGGUGCUUUCUGCUCUCAACAGCUGCCUGGACCCCGUCAUGUUCUUCCUACUGUCCACCUCGGUGAGGAAGGAGGUCCGGCGCUUCGUGAUGAGUGUGUUCCGCACCCGAGACAUUAGCGGAACCAGCGUUGGUAACUCCAGCACCGAACAGGACAGCAGGACCGACAAGAGACAGUUGAGUGUCCUUGACAACGUGAACGAGAACAAAGAUGCUUUAACCAGCUCCAGCUGAGCUGCAGAACAAGCAGAACCACAGACUUUACUGGGAUUCCCAUGUUUUGUCUUCAACUCAGAAAAAUUCAAUGUGGGGACUGACAGAGAAGGCAACAAAGUUGCUCCUCUGAGUAUCAUAAGCCUGGUGGGUUAUCAGACUUUACUUGUCCCCCCCACCAGGCUAAGUGUCAUUCAUUUAUUUGAAAUAGGGUUUGCUAUAUGCCAGUAACAGUGAAAAUGAAGACAAGUUCUAUAGCUGAUGCAUUGAACGGUGUGAUCACCUGCCUGUUGGCCUCACACACUAUUAUACCCAAUUUAUGACGCCUGCUUGUGCACCUCCAAAUUUUUGUGACUUUUACUAUUUUUUUAAACACCAAAGCACGUUGGGUUGCUGGUGGACUGCUCCAGUACCACCGGGUUUACAAGGUUUUCUGGGGGAAACUCUGAAGGUAAAACAAACAUGUUAGCACAAUUUAUGCAUUUAUUGCUAGUAUAUCUAUUUAUUUGUAUAUAUAUAUAAAUAUAUAGAGGGAAGGAGCAUGAUGUAAUGUGUCUUGCAAAACUAUUUAAACACCUUGACUUUCACAAUUCCUCACAUUACAAACGUAAAAUUAAAUGUGUUGUAUUUGGAUUUUAUGUUUCAGACGUAUGGAUGCGUUUAAUAUCCUGAUGGGAAAAAUUCAGGUGCAGAAAUGCUUCUUGUUAAUAUAUACCAAGAUUUACAUGUCAUUAAAACUAAAAUAUGCUCUCUUUUAAACAAGAAAGUCUGUACCAGUCAAGUUUGUUGUGCUAGAUAUUUAAGAAAACAGAGCGAGAAGACGGGAACCAGAGGGAGAUCCUAAGUCAUAAUCUGUCAGAGAAGCAUAUUUUUAUGUCUUACUGUCACAAAACUUUGUCGUUAGAACAAGAUACCACUGAAUUGAUGAGGUAGCUCUGGCAGGUGAACACUUCCAUUCAGACCAACACAAAGCCAUGCAUAAACGUGGAGCGAAAUGGAAAAGAGUCAUGGUUUUCCACUCAUCCAUAAUCGAAACCCGUCAAGGCAGGGCGAGUGUUUACUACUUUUUAAAUAAAAUUCUCAAAAUGUGAUGUGCAAUCGACUCCGAUUCCCCUAAAUCCACUGUAACCACACUAUAAAUCGUAGCAGCCUCUUUUACUAAAAUCUACUUUUAGAUUUUGAAAUCUACAUUUUACUAAGUGCAAGUUAUAGUUGGGGGAGGAAAGAGUGGAAAAAAGGCGAGACUAUAAAACCUGAUGUUAUUCGUCGUGUUGCUGAUUUGGACAUUUGUCUGAUUUGAUUGGACUCGGAUUUGUAAGUCAUCAAUGUGAAAAAAGGAGAGGGGGAAAUAAAAAGCAGUCGAGGUAUUUGCUGUAACUUUUGAGUCAAACAAUCUUCCUGAAACCAAGGGAAACACUGAAGAAUGGGAAUGGAAAUAUAUACACUGCAUAUCGGUCAUA